AUUGUUAGAGAUGAUGAAGCUGUUUGUAAUACUAGCGUUAUUAGCUGGUCAGUCAUUGGCUGAUAUAUAUCUACACAAUCCCCGAGGUAGUAAUGAUAGACUGAAUGAAAAGUCUGCUCAACGGGCGAACGCCAACAGAUUAUUUGACUCUCAGAAUAACAAUAGAGGAGGAUACAAUGUAGGAGAUGUAACAAGUGCCCCUCAUGGAAAAGAUGCUAGUAAACAAUAUAAAAUGGCCUAUUUCCAAAGUGAGGCUGAUGCAGAGACUAUAUUAACAGUAGAGUGGUAUAAUCAACAUGGUUGUGGAGGAAAUGAAGAUGAUAACCCACAGAAACAAAAUUGUAGAUUGGUUUUACAGUAUAUGUGCCAACCAGAAGGAACUACUGAAGAUGUUUUGAGAAAUGGCGUGGUCACUAAUACCCAAGAUUACAACCGUCCCCCAAACAGUAACUACAAUCUAGCCAAUCGUAACUCCCGAAAAAAUAACAACGUGAAAGCUGAUCGAGGUCUUCAGGAAUCUUGGGAUUGGUAUGAGGAGUGUUUUGUCAGAGAGAGAAACAAGGGUUUAUUUACUGCUGAUCAGAAUCUCCGUGGCAACAAUGGAUUAGGCUACAGUUCUGCCAUCUACACUCGAC